AGUGUCAAUAGUUGUCAUCAGUUGUCAUCAUUAGAUUGAUUGGUUUUCCAAUUUGGAAAAUAAAAACAAUAUAAAAUUUUUCUUAGUUUUUCAAGUACACAACUCCAAAAUAGUGAUAUGAUCGGCUGAUUCUGACCAACGCCCAAAUAAAUGGUUUAAAUGACUCAAAAUAAAUUAGUUGAGUCAGUUAUGGAUCUGCAUACCAAGCAGAGACAAUUUUCUGGACAACUGUACAAGUACACAAAUGUGAUGAAAGGCUGGCAGUACAGAUACUUCUUAGUAGACGCCAAUGCAGGACUUCUACAUUACUUCCUCUGUGAAGGUGAAAAACCGGAUGGAACAGUGCCAAGAGGGUCGGUACAUUUAGCUGGAGCUGUGAUAUGUCCUAGUGAUGAAGAUUCAAAGACUUUUACAGUUAACUGUGCGUCAGGUGAUAUGUUGAAGUUGAGGGCUACAGAUGCUAGAGCAAGGCAGGAAUGGGUGAAUGGGUUGAGGGCUGUGGCAGAGUCUCACACGAAGGCAAUCAGUGCUAGCAGUCCUCCAUUACCCCCAAGAGAGCAAUUGGCAGUAUUGGAUGCGUUAGGAUGUGUGAGGUCACAGCUUCAACAAACUGAACAAGCUGAUUCUGCUCUUUGUAGGUCUAUUGAGUCUGCAGGUAGCAAAUUCUUUGUGGAUCCCAAUUUGCUCCUGCUCAAAGCCACAUCGGCGGCAUCACUGCAUUGUCUAACUCAGUGCAUGAACAUCCUACAGAGAAAUCAACACGCUCAGCAAGCAAGAACAGGAAGCUUAACAUUUUUGGAGAUUAACCCUCAUUGUGGAUCAUUUCAUUGUAUUUACUGCUGCUGUAGACACGGUACCAGAGAAUACGAGAAACAUGGGAGAAGCAAGGACUCUGAAAACACUCAAUAUCAACAAGAGGGGAAAUAAUUUGAAAUACGUCUAAGGAAAAUGUAUCAGAUUUUCUUGAAUUUCCCGGGUAAGAAAAUCCGGAAAAUGAAAUUUAAAAAAUGGAAUAGUUUGUGAUUAACUGCGUGACAGAUUGAAGCAGCUUCUAGAGUGAUAUUCAGAAAGAAGUAAGCGAUUUUAUACCUGCAUUUAUUGUAUAUAAUUUGUACAUAUAUAUUGUAUAUCUUACAUCUUAAACUAUUUAUUCCUGUAUAAGCAAAUAAAUCAGUUGUAUGGGAAA